ACAGCAAUGAAUUCGGUGGGUUGUUAGACUAUCUAGUAUCUCGGGCAACAUUUGUGCGCAUUUUGCUUGUUGAAGUAGCUAGCAAAGAAUUUGUUUUCCUGUGUUCCUGGGGUUUUUGGUUUUGGCGAGCAAAUUGCAAGUCGAAUAAAUGGACGAAGAAUGGUAAAGGAGAAAAGCUGGAGAAUAGAUUGAAUGACGAGAAGAAAAUGAUUCUUGAGCCGCAUCACUGACCACAGCCCCAUUAAUUUUGCUUUACAUCAACUUCAGGGUCUUAUUAAAGUUUGAGCUGACAUUUGCACUUUCGUGUGUGUGAUACGCAAUCUGGCCAAGUAGUUUAAAGCUCCGGUAAAAUGACUAAACAUUUCACUGAACAUUUCAUGCAACUGAACAAAAGUUGAGUGUAAUGUUUAGUGAUACGGUGCAGCAAUUUCACAACCUUUAAACAGGGACUCACUAUUCGGAGUUUUGUUAAAACAUGUACUUUAUAUAAAGCAGUUUUCUAACUAAAUGUCAUAGCCUGACAAUGAAAUUGGGAUCAAAAAGAGCUUAGCAAACGCAUUCAUGACGUAGGGUACACGGGCCUUGUGGCCCCCUUGAAGGCGCAAGACAAUGCGAAAUUUUGCCUUUCAAAAAGUCUAAUUUUGCUAUUUGCUUGAUCACUAAUGAAUGGCAGUUUCUGUUUGUACCACAAUGCCUCUGGCAUCUUAAUGUUUCAGAACACAUUUUAAGGCUUUCGUUUGAAAUGACGCAGGCUAUUUUACUUUUUUUUCUAUGUGCAUUGAAAAGUAUAAAUUGUUGUUGCAGCAUAGCAUCUGAAAGUUCUGCAAAAAUUUACUCCAUUAGACUAGCACAAAUUUCAGGCUUUGUUUUAGACUCUUAUCUAUUAAUUUUCAAGAAGUUUACAUGUUUCUUUGUCUUCAUUUCUAUAAAGCUGUAUCAACAUCUUUUAGUGCAAAGAUACGAAAUUGUUAAAGUAAUUUUCGAUUUUCCUAGAUUUCUUAAUUUAAUUUUUUAUUCAGCGGAGGUUUGUAAACGUUUUUCUUUCAAACAAAAUCUAAACUUUUAAUUCUUUAUAUUAAAACUCUAUGAAUAAUCAACAAGUUUAUGAUAAUUUCAAUUCCGUUUAAAUUGUUUCAAAGCUUUGAUGUUUGCGUUUAGCCCUAUUUAAACGAACAAAAACUUCACCAAACAAUUCAAUUGCUUCGAUUUACGAGCUGAUGUAGUAUGACUCUGUGAUGGAAAUAACAGAAGAGGAUUAAGGCUUCGAUUUCGACACUCUAUCCGCUGGAGUACAAAUCAUGUUCAUGAAUUUAAAUAGCAUCGCAAUUUUAUUUUAAACGCCUUUCUUAUCUUGAUCCUAUUAGAAUAGAAUUGAAUAGAGUGACUUGAGCAGCCAUAAAGUGCAGUAAAAUAACAGAGUUUCUUGUUAGCCACAAUGUUGGGUCGAUUAAACACCUCCGGAUUUGUACGCCUACCGUUAAUGCAUGGUGGUUAAUGAAUGCUGGCUGGAAUAUUUGAUUGUUUUAACGGGGCUUUUGUAUGAGGUUUCAUGCUAAGUAAUUGCUAUACAGGUAAAUACUUUUUCUGCUUGAUAUGUUGUCUGCGUAAAGUUUUCCAAAUAAAAUUAGGACGAGCAUUUCACACCUUACAUCAUGACUUCAGAAUGCUUUUUUAACCUUGUUUUAGAAACAAACAGGCAGACCAUUGAUGUUCUUUAGAAAGUGCAUCACUUAACCUGAAGAUGUGUUAUGGGGAUAUAAUAGACGUUUGUAAAUGAAAACAGGUUCUUUGCGUGCAUCAGGUUUACCAAAUAAUGGUCAAAAUUUGCUGCGUGAUGAUAAAUCAACAUUCAAUUAGGCUUGAAAAGCUAUUGCGAAGUUCAAAGCAAAUAAAUAAUGAAUAUCAACUGUAUAAUAACCCAUUAAUGUGAACGCGAUAAGUUUACUGAUUAAGGACGACACGAAGGCGUCGUUUUGUACAAGUCACGUGUGAACUUCACGCAUUCGUCUGCUUCUCAUAUCCAGACUUGCAGUGGGCGAUUACCCAUUAAAACGCGUUCAGCGCAGCUUCUGAUCUCAAGCUGGUUAGCCAAAGGGCAAAAUUCAGCGCCAUGGCGAAUGUGAAUCGAAAUCAGUUGAUACAUUUUCUGCUUGCCCUAGCUUUUUUCACUUCAGCCACACUGGCAUCUAUGGAAAAAUGUGUAAAAGAACAUCCCUUUCUUCCCUGUGGAUACGACGCCACGUCAAGACCAAAUGCCCAAAAUGAAAAAUCAACUGAUAUUUCCCUUGAGCUGUACAUUGAAUCAUUCGGAGACGUUGACGUCGAGAAAAUGGAAUUCGAUGUUUUUGGAUAUAUUUCUCAGACAUGGCAAGAUCCUCGACUCAGGGCGUUGAAUGACACACCAAAGAUAUUACAAGGUUCUCACAUCACCCAUCUGUGGACCCCUGACAUAUACUGCAUUAACUGUAGGUCAUACAACCUCGAAAAUGGGUUGAACACAAAGCAAGGAAUGAUUCGCAUUAAUCGCAAUGGCACUGUCUACAUGAGUUCAGGAAUAAAGUUAACUGGUUCAUGCUACAUGAAUCUCAGGAAAUUUCCAUUUGAUAUGCAGCGCUGCAGUGUAAUAUUAAGUAGCUACGCCUAUAACAUGAGUCACAUAACCUAUACAUGGAAGAAUGAUCCUUUUGUAAAAAUAAAGAAGAUGGACCAGUUUAUGGUGGAUUCGGCCAAAUCUAGCCUCGAAACUGAACAAUACAUGUCAGGAAAGUUCGUCAAAGCUGUAGCUCGGUUUUCUUUUAAAAGAAGAUUUGGAUAUUACCUGUUACAACUUUACGUUCCUACUGCGAUGCUGGUUGCUUUGUCCUGGACGAUGUUCUGUCUUGAUCAAGAGCACACUGGAGAUCGUAUUGCUAUUGGUGUUACGCUGUUUCUCACUAUGAUAUUCCUCCAUGGCUAUGCAAACUCAUCACUGCCAAAGGUUUCCUACGUAAAAAUGGUGGACCUAUUCAUGGUCGUGUCUUUAGGAGAAAUUUUGCUAAUAACCAUCGAGACAAUCAUCAUUGCAAGACUUUACCAAUGGGACAGGCAUGCCAAAGAAAAAGAUGAAGAUCAUUGUGAAAGGGUUUCUGACAAAUCAAAGUCAAAAGGUAUUUUUGGUUGUCUACUGCCAAAGAGCUUGAAACGAGGGCCUCAUAAUCAGGCAGAGAUGCAGAUCUUAACGAUUCAGGAAACAGCCCUCGGAGCCAGUCCAGACGACGUUUCGCCAAGCAGAGGUGCUGAAAAGAACCAUAACAAUAGGGAAGGCAGUACGGAUGACUGUGAAAAGAGUAUGCGGCACGAAUGGCAAAUGCACGAAAUUGUUGAAAAAGCAGCGAUGGUGCUGUUGCCUCUGUCCUUUCUUUUGUUCAAUGCCUGGUACUGGAUUGCUUUGUUUGCCAAUGAUAGUUAACUGCCGUGGCCACUUUUGUUGCAAGGCUAAAACCUACCUUGACAGCACUUUAUUGUUCUCUGUAUCAGUAUUAAACAAGUUUAAUGACUGAUGCCAUGUACAAUUCAGAUAUUCAAUCGUUAACUCUUUAUCAGCUGGCAUUGCACAAAACGCAUUUAUCUAACGAUAACCAUCAUUUUUAUCAACAUUAUUAAGCUGUUAAACUGUUUUGCUUGUGUAUUUGUAAUAAAAUUUGAUGCUGAAUUGUAUUUAACCAAAGUAUAUUCGUUUCUGAUUACUAUUACUGUACCAAUAUGUGAAUUGGGGAACGUUCUUUAAUUGUAGCUGUUAUGCCGACCCAAUUUGCAGUCGCACUGGCUAAUUGCUUGCAUAGCAUUCCAUUUUACUUAGAUAUUCGAUAUUGGAAAUUUGGAAUCAGCUAAAAAAAGAAGCACUUGAGAAACGAACGAGGCCUUUCUUAUAUUCAUCUCUCUGUGGAACCCUUCACUUUGAUCCAAUAUUUUUGCAUUUGGUGACAGAGUUGAGAUUUCUUGCUGUAAUGCACACAAACCUCAGUAGUCUACGAAAACACACAAAAUUUGGUACCUAUCUAUGAUUGUGUAGUCAAUGAAGCAAAAGAAACCAGACGUUUAAGAGUGUACCUAGCUUGGUGUUUUCCAGUAAGAGACAUUAAUCGUCAUUUUUGCAGUAAAAGAUUGAAACCUACUCGAUUCAAAACAUUAUUUGUCCUAGGGCUAGCCGUUAAAACACACUUUUUCCUGAGAAAAAACAGAUUCAUUAACAGCAAUGGCUCCAACGUUGUUCGGUGUAAUUGCUUCAGGAAUUAAUUUGAAUCAUUUCUUGGUAGUGCCAUCAUUUUUCUUGUAAAAGUGCUUUUAAAACAGCACACCUUUUGUCUGCUCGUAAUAUUCUCCAGAGUGGGUACAUUACCAGGAUUGUAUGUUUUUAAGUGCUCAAGCACAGGAAACUUCUUCUUCCAAGGAAUUUACAGUCAGCAUUGAAUCCCUUUAAAUUUCUUGGCAUUUUAAAGAAAAUUUAUAGGGGUCUUAUUCAUAUGUCAACAGACCUAUAUUUAAAAGAUGUUCUUCACUACUAUGUACCUUUUUGAAUACCUUUUGUAAACUUCUGGCAUCAUCUGUUCGAUAUAGGACUUUUGUCCUCACUGAAUGCGAUAAAUUGGCUAUUUUCAUGUGGGAUUUCUCGUGCGGCCUAAAGGAAACUGUUAGCAGAAAAACACAGAUUUAAUGCACAACGUAGCACUGCUAGCUGUGCAAUAGCCCACAAUACCAGCGCCAAUAAUAUAGAUGACAAAAACACCUUUGAAGCCAUGUUUCUUGAAAAGGAUGAUUUGAUUUGCAAACAAUUUCUCAAUUAAUCUGCCUUAGGUAAUGGGGCACCUGCUUUCCAAUUUGCAUGCAUAAAUUACCUAUAAUUGCACUAGUUGCGUCGGACAAGCAGAACCAACAUUGAAUUUCACAUUCCCAUGCUUUCUCUUCUCAGUGAUACCUUCAAUAAGUGCUAGCGCAACCGUUACCAGAGUAUUUAGCUUCAAACUUUUGCUUAACAUUGUUGUUGUUAAUCAGAGGUUGCUGUAAUUUCUGUCUGUUUUUAACAUUGUUUCCUUGCAACCUGUCCAGACUAUGCCCCAUUUAAGUAGAAUUACUCUUUAUAGCCAACCUUUUACUUAUCCUAAAAGCAAUCAACUGAACGUUAUAAUGCGAAUGAGGCACACUUGUAUUGUUUGCAAGAUGUAAGAUUAGACAUUAUCAAAUUAAAGUUGACAGAGUCGAAUGUGACAUUUCUUUUGUUUCACGCAUAUCACUGUGUUUACCCGGCCAAAUGUGCAACUUGUUUGUCUCAUAUAAUUUUUUUCUUGAAUUAUAAGGUCCUUUUGUACUAUAUUUAUUAUAUUUUUCGUGUUGAGAGUUCUUUGUGUUGUAAUUCGAUUACGUGGCCAGGCAUUGUGUACAGGUUUCUGUUCUUUGAGAGUUUAUGUAUGCUAUAGAUGACGCUGAAUCAUUAGACACAAUCUUAUUUCAGUAAGUUACUUAUUUUAAUUUUGUCGUUAUAGUUAACCUUUGCUUGUAUUAUUUGCUUUUUGAUUGCUAAGGUGAUGUUUUUGA